CCGAGGGCGGGGCGGCUCUCGCUCCGGCUCAGCCGCUUCCGUCGGGCGGAAGGAAGGAAGGAAGGCGGAAGGAAGGGAAGAGGCGGCAACGGCGGCCGAGGUGAGGCGGCGGCGGGGAGGCGGCGGGGGGGAGGAGCCUCGGGAGCCUCUGGCCCCGCCCCCUGGCGCGCCACGUCAUCCUCCCAGGGGGAGGGGCCGGAGCGAGGGCGCCCCUGAGCACGCGCAGAGUGCCGGCCGCUGAGCCCAGGGCGCUCCGGAGAGGGCGCGGGGCGCGCACCCCGAGAAGCCAAUCAGUAAAGAGAAUGGCCCUCUCCGGACUGGAGGGAGGACUAUAUGGGGGGGGGGAGAGACUGCCCCCCACCUGCGCAGCUAUGAACUCGCAUAAUUGGCUCCCAGGUCGCCUGCUGGCUGAAGGUCUAUGCGCUGCCCAAUUUCACGGUAACAGUAAAUAGUGGAAAUGCAAAAAAAAAGAGGGGGGGGGAGCAUAUAUAGUAGGCACAUUAAGUCGCAGAGAUUCCCCUUGAAAUAUGGGGCGAGAAGAGAGAAGCAAAGACUCCGCGAACAGAGACACAACAGUCCCAAAGGCGCCUCCGUCUGUGAUAGGGAAGGUGCUUUUAUUAUUAAUAUUAUUACAGUGGAACCUCGGUUGUCGAACGCCUCCCUUGUCGUGCGUACACUCCUGAAUUAGAAGAAAUACAUUAAUAAAUGAAUUAUUAUUUAGAUGUAUAUACCGCCCUUUGUUGUAAGAUCUCUGGGUGGUUCACAUAAUAAUAUACAAGAUCAAAACAAGUAAAUAAGUAAACAGCAAAAGAAGACCCCUCCCCUUAUUCUAUUCUGGACUCAGUCUGGGUGGUUCUCCUCCUGCCCCUUCCUGCUUCAGUGGCUGGAGAGAUCCUGGAGCUUCACCGGAGGCCAGGCAGCAGCAGCUGAGGAGCGUAGAAAUGUAGGGUCAGAAUGGACCCUGAAGGUGAUCUAGGGGGCUGGACAAGAUAAUAACAAUUUUAUUACUUAUGUGCCUCCCAUCUGACAUGGUUGCCCCAGCCACUCUGGGUGGCUUGCAGUAAAAUAUUUUAAAAGAUGACCCUCGAGGUCCCUACCAAUCUCUCUCUCUGUGUAAAUUAUUGAAUGUGCCUACAUUCCAUUUUUUGUUUCUUGAAAGCUCAAAGCAGCUUACUUUAACAGAAAUAAACAAAUCACAUUGUUGCAAAUCACAGAACACAAUUAGGAGCACCGUGAAAUAUCAGCAGCAGUGCUGUAAAACAGACAAAUGAACCCACAAAUCAGCACUAGAAAAUGAAACAGACUCAAGGAGGCUCCAAAAUUUGUCCAGCCAGAAGCCUCCGAAAGAGAAAUAUGAUUUCUGUCAAACAGGGAACUCCUGGCCAAACUUGUGGCUGCCCGUGGCCACCUACAGAAGGCAGUGUUCCCAAAUGGGGGCAUCACAAUGUUGUUUUAUGGUUUUUUAUCCCAACACCUUGUAUCCCCAGGAAUCCAUGGUGGGCGGCUGCCCAGGCUUCUGAGACAAGGCAGCAGCAGAGGAGAUAGAAAGGUUUGGAAAGGAACCCAGCCCCCUGCAAUACAGUUCAUAAAGCAAGCCUCUUGUGGCCCCUAAUCUCUGGGUUGCAGAUUGGACCAAAGAUUCCUGCAUUUCAGGGGGUUGGGCUAGAUGACCCUUGGGCUCCCUUUCCCCCCAGCAGGCAGCUGCCUGGCCUGCGGAGCCCCCUGUGCCCUCUCCUCCCCCCUUGGCCCCUCACCCUCUCUCUCCUCCUUGCAGCUGCGCCCGCUUCCCCCGUGGCCAUGGAGCCCGAGACGCGCAGCGUGCAGAUUGAGUUCCCUCACUACGCCGCCGUCCUGCUGGAGUCGCUCAACAAGCACCGCCUGGAGGGCAAGUUCUGCGACAUCGCCAUCCACGUCCAGGGCCGCGUCUUCCAGGCGCACAAGAGCGUCCUGGCUGCCUCCUCGCCCUACUUCCACGACAAGCUGCUCCUGCACGACACCAACUGCAUCGUGCUGCCCGGCGUCAUCGAGCCGGACGCCUUCGAGAACCUCCUGCAGCUCAUCUACUCGGGGCGCCUCAAGCUGCUCCUGGAGGCCCUGCCCAGCCACCUCCUGGUGGCCAGUGGGCUCCAGAUGUGGCAGGUGGUGGACCAGUGCUCGGGCAUCCUCAAGGAGCUGGAGGGCGGCGCCUGCCGGCCUUGGUCCAGCCGCGCCAGCGAGAGCCAGUCGCCCAGCAGCAGCAACUACUUUGGCUCCAGGGACGAGGCCGAAGCCGAGGCUCCUGGGCGGCGGCGGCGCACCUGCCCCGACGGCGAGGUCCUGAAGAUCCGCGUGCCGCCUGACGAGGAGGAGGAGGAGGAGGAGGAGGAGGAGCAGCAGGCGCAGAUCUGCAGCGGCUCCACCGAUGGGCCGGCGAAGGCCGAGGAGAGCCGAGCCAAGGAGCCGCCCUUUGCCCCGGCGCAUGAGGCCCCCAAGGUCUUCUACAUCAAGCAGGAGCGCUUUGACGCCGAGGAGGCGGCCGCCUCGGUGCUGGGCGGAGCCGGCAGCAGCUCGUGCCUGUCGGAGGCUGGCUUCUUCAAGUCUCUGGGCAGGCCGCUGGCCGUGUCGGGGCUGUGCCCGGCCGAGAUCCAGGAGAGCGGCGAGGUCAGCUACCUGCUCCCUGGCGCCCCGGCGGCAUCCUCGUCCAGCGGCCCCGGCGGCGGCUUCUCGGCAAAGGCGGACUCAGUGGCCUUCCCCGAGAGCUCGUGGAAGCCCGUGGACCUCCAUGGCAACGAGAUCCUGGCGCACGCCGUGCACGGGCAGGUGGUUCACGCGCCCGUCAAGCUGAUGUCUGCGCCCGACGGCAAGAAGUUUGGCUGCCUGUGCGGGAAGCGCUUUGCGGUCAAGCCCAAGCGGGACCGCCACAUCAUGCUGACCUUCAGCCUGCGCCCCUUUGGCUGCUCCGUCUGCAACAAGAAGUUCAAGCUCAAGCACCACCUGACCGAGCACAUGAAGACGCACGACGGCAACCUGUACGCCUGCGAGGACUGUGGGCGCAAGUUCCGCGUCCAGAGCUGCUUCCUCAAGCACAAGGAGAUCUGCAAGGGGCAGGGAUGGGCCACCGCUUGCUGGACCUACAAGUAGAAGCAGGGGGGAGAGGCCCACCCAGAGAUGAAUGGAGGGAUGGGAAUCCCUGUGGACCCUCUUGGGGGCACAGAGGCAGGUUUGGGGGUCAGGGGGCCAGAGUGUUACCAUAAAGCACCAAUGCUGCAGCAAGCAAAGGCUCUAGCAGCUCAGCCAGCUGCUUGUGGCUGGAAAGCCAGACAGGAUGUUUGUGACUGUUGCCAUGGGAACAAAGGGGCAGUCCAUUCUGUACUGAGCACCGGAUGUUAGCUCAGUGUGUGUGUGUGUCAUAUGACCCGUACUGGAUGUACUUGGGAGGAGUUUCUUCUUGCUGUUGUUGAGUGCAGACAUGAUUCUCUGUACUGAUGUAAGAGGCAGAAAUAAAUGAUGUAAAUAGUUUUCUGUCUGCUUCUUUCCCCUCCCUGGGGACACCAAAGGGGAGAGAGGAAGAACGGUGUGUUCCUCUCAUACAUCUGAGAAGAAUCGCCGGACCUCGCCUGCUUACCAGCAGAGUGGAGACGCGGGGAGGUCGACAGGAAUAUCUGCCGGUGCCUACGCUGUGGCACAUUCCUCUGACCCAGGCAGAAUUUCAACAGUGGCAGCCUUCGGAUGGUUGCGAUUCAUCGGACAUCUGCAUGAGAGGCUGGUGGAUUGUCCUCCACUGCUCCUAAGGAGGAAUAGAAGCGUCUGAAAGAAGCCAGAGGCUCCACAGACAGCUGGUGGAAAGAAGAGGUGUUUUCCCAAGCAACGGAGCUCAAGGUAUGCUGCAUUUCGGGCUAAAAGUGUGAACGCAGGAAGAUUAAUUCCCUGGUUCACGGAGCUGCGUUUCAAAGAAAACAAGAGCUCCGGGAGAAGAGGCCUGCAGCUUGAAGGCUGAAGCCUGCAUUCCACAAAUUUUUGUGGUAGAUAAGAAGUCCUAUUGAAAUGCAUUGUUGCUAGGUAACGGUCCUGGAAAGUUACUGGCAAAGGGGCUGGACUCUGAGUGUGAGCCUGGGAAAGCGAAACAAAAUCAAAGAAUGUUUCGGCUACAAGGUUUACGAGCUCUUGGAAGGGACUUUUCAAUAGCAGCCUGAGUUUAGCUGCCAGGUGCAAAGAGCGUAAACAAUUUGCAGUUUGCUGCGUGAGAAAAGAAAAAAACAACUGUUGGAUUUUACAGUUUGUUUGACAUUGUGAGCUGGAGGCUUGGCUUCAAGAUGGAUGCCAAGACAGGGGGAGGGAAGAACAGAGUUCUAAUUCCCCCACUGCUGAUGCUACUGGGGAGCAUGGUGUAGCAUUGAGUGCUGUCCGAUGCUACAAUUGUGGACAGACUGGGCAUCUACAGCGAAACUGUAAGAAGCCGCGCCAGUCAAGAGGAGCAAAGAGCAGCUCUACGAAGCCUCAGGCGUCAGGCAAAAGCCGUACCAAGUGCCAGGUGAAACCUGCAAAGGCUAUGAUGGCGAAAGGAACCACGCCAGAUGUUGGGAACUCGUUCAUAAUUGACACGGGCGCAACGGUUCAUAUGUGCCCGCACAGAGGACUGUUUUCGACGUUGAAGAAGCAAAGCUUCACUGUGAAACAGGCCAACGGUCAGGAGUUGGAAGCAACUGGAAUUGGGACUGUGUAUCUUGAGAGUCUGAACUUGACUAUAAGUGAUGUUUACCUGGUUCCAGAACUGAGAUUUAAUCUGCUGAGCGUGUCGCAGAUUGCAAAGAAAGGACUGAAACUGUCCUAUGAUGCUAAAAGCUGCAAGAUCUACAAAGAUGGAGAACUGUUUCUUACUGCCAAAGAGAAAGAUGGACUGUAUUUGUUGACUUUUGAUCAAAGUGAUUACAUGAAAUGUAAUUCUGAUGUUUCUAACGAAAUCUCUCUUGCAGGAGUGACCAGUGUGAGCACCAGGAAGGUGACUAAGACCAAGAAGGUCGACGGAGCAUUUCAGCGGGUGUAUGCUGAUGUGAUUGGUCCUCUAGAACCAUCUAGAGGCGGUGCACGAUUUAACCGUCUGGGUGUGGCUUGUUUCACUACUUAGACUUGGGUUUAUAUGAUGGAGAAACCACAAGAAACUUUAGAAAAGUUUCAGGAGUUUUGUGACAAGGUUAAAAGUAUGCAUGAUGCUAACAUUGAUUGUCUUUUUACAGAUGACAAACAAAUUUUUCUGUUACAGAAGUUUCAGAAGUUCCUGGAUGGAAAAGGGAUAGACCACAAAGUUGCAGUCUCGCAAGAAGCGUGGAACAGGGGGGUCUGUGUGAGGGUGAACAAAGAAUUGCAAAAGGGGAUGAAUGCGCAAUUGCUGAGUUCACAUUUGCCACAUGAAUAUUGGGCCGAAUCGCUAGCGUCCUAUCUUCAUGUGUGGUUGAGAAAGGUCUCAACAGAGUUGGGAUGUUCUCCUUUUGAGAAGCUGUUCAAUAGAAAACCUUCUGUUGCCUAUUUUAAGGUUUUCGGGUCUCAUGUCAGAACAGAAGCUCCAGGUGGAGUAAAGAAUGCCAGAGGCAUUUUCGUAGGUUAUGAAAAAGGUCUCUACAGAGUAAUUUUGUCUGAAUCUGGUCAGGUGAUUCUCACAAAGUUCCUAGAGAGUGCUCCAAAGCAAGAGCGGAUAGUACAGACAUUUCCCACAGGAAACGAUUCUGAUGAUGAUGAUGAUGAGUUUGAUCUUAUUGAGUUCAGUAGUACUGAUGAUGACAGCGAUAGCUCAGACAGCUCAGUUGUCACAGUCAUUGAGAGGAAAUCUCACAUAAUGACUAGACCCUCAGAAGAGGAGGAUGAACCACUGAUUGCUACUGGUUCUCAACAGAGUCCAAAGGUUGAACCAGUGAGCACAGAAGAUCAGAACCUCAUACGCAGGUCUGAGAGAGUUACAAAGGGUGUACCACCAAAGAGGUACUCAAAAGAAUUUGCUAACUUAGCUGUUGCAUGUGUUGCUAUUGUUAACAACUCAAAGCAGGUUGAAGCAGUGUCUACGUCAGAGACAAAGACACAACAGAGGGUAGCUAGCCAAGGUAACGCAGAAGCACUCAUUCCUUGGAAGCCAGACAACCAGAGAGGUACAUUGGUUAAACCAGUGGCGGGUAGUUCCAAGGGUGGAACUGAAACAACAGGGGAAUGUUAUAAAUAUAACAACUGUUUGUUUUCUUCUCUGGAUGACGCUUUGCUCGCGGCACACAUUGAUACUUUAGGGGAGUAUGUUACCAUAAAGCACCAAUGCUGCAGCAAGCAAAGGCUCUAGCAGCUCAGCCAGCUGCUUGUGGCUGGAAAGCCAGACAGGAUGUUUGUGACUGUUGCCAUGGGAACAAAGGGGCAGUCCAUUCUGUACUGAGCACCGGAUGUUAGCUCAGUGUGUGUGUGUGUCAUAUGACCCGUACUGGAUGUACUUGGGAGGAGUUUCUUCUUGCUGUUGUUGAGUGCAGACAUGAUUCUCUGUACUGAUGUAAGAGGCAGAAAUAAAUGAUGUAAAUAGUUUUCUGUCUGCUUCUUUCCCCUCCCUGGGGACACCAAAGGGGAGAGAGGAAGAACGGUGUGUUCCUCUCAUACAUCUGAGAAGAAUCGCCGGACCUCGCCUGCUUACCAGCAGAGUGGAGACGCGGGGAGGUCGACAGGAAUAUCUGCCGGUGCCUACGCUGUGGCACAUUCCUCUGACCCAGGCAGAAUUCCAACACAGAGUACGUGUGGUGGGCAGGGCACCUCACCCUGUGCUGGGGGGCGAUGGCAUAGACACGCCCAAAGACCCCCCUUCGCCAGCCCCGCCACUUUGGGGAUCAGGCUGGCAUGAAAGGCAGGGAGCGAAAGGCUAAGCCCCAGGUGCUGGGGAGGGGGGGCUCCGUCAAGAGGGCUCUCCCCUUCCUGGACAGUGAACUGGCACCUGGCUGCUGCUCCCCCCCCCCCCGGCAUGUAAGCUGUGGGGCCUCAUACAGGCCUGCUCUUCCUGCCCCACCUUCUUUUGGGGGGGGAGUCUGUGCACCCCCCACUUCUCUGCCUCUGUCUGGACACCAUUUAAAACCCAAUUCAAUGCACAAUUUUAAAAUCGACAUUAAAAUCUCACCAUUCACACAAACUGGCUGCUGGAUGAGGACGCGGGAAGCUGCUCUGGUUCAGCCCCUCCAACGGCUCCAGGGGGGAGACGGGGGGCCCAGAGAGGCCUCCCCGGCUGCUGCCCUCCCUGGUCUUCCGGUGGACUGGCUCUGGACGUGGAGGCUCCAUUGUGGCCUCGCCCUGCUCUUCCUCUUCCUCUGUCACAUCCAUUUUCGUUGUCGGCCUGCACAACGGCCCUGUGCCCCCCACCUCGCUAUGCCCCAAAGCGCAUCUGUCGCAGAUUCCUGGGGCCCCUGGCUGCAACCCUCCCCCGCUGUCUGCCCUCAGUUGGUGGGGCGCGGCUGGGGGGCUGUGCCAGUGGCAGUUGCGUGGCACUGCUCCCUCCUUUCCCCCGGACUCUGGCCAGAGCUCCCUGUGCUGUUUUUGAUUCCUGCAUUUCAGAGGGCUGGACUAGAAGAGCCUUGGGGGUCCUGUCCAACCCUGGUCCUUUGAUUUCCCCACGUAAUAAUGAGCUGCCUAGCCUUUCUGGAAGCUGCUUGUGAGAGGACCUGGGCAGUAGUGGCUUGGCUGGGGAAGGGCUUGGUGGUGGGAAGAGGAGCCCCUCGGGUUCCUCCUGGCCCUCCUGCUGCCGGCCCAGGGGUCUGGCACUUGGGGCUGCAGGGAGGGCAGCAGGCAGCCAGGGAAUCACAACAUUUCAGGGGGUCUCCAGGGCCCUUUUCCCAGAAGAGCCGGCAGGCUGCAGGUGCCCCACAUGCCCCACAGCUGUGUGCAGAAGGACAGGAAGGAGAGGUGCCAUCUCAGUGGGAACCGCAGGACCGUAGUGUGGCAGCAGACACUCACUCCCCAGCAUCUCCAGGCCCCAGGUCCAAAAUCCAGCAGAGCUGCUGCCAGCCAGUGUCAGCAGCCCUGGGUUCGCCAGACCCAAUGGCCUUGACUUUGUCUAGGGUGGCUUCUCAGCCCCCCCCCCGUGUUCAUAACCUGGGAUAACUCAGUCAGUGGAGCACGAGAUUCUUGCUCUCGGGAUCAUGGGUUCGAGUCCCAUGGUGGUCAAAAAAGGAUUCUUGGGCUGGGCUGGACUGCAUGACCCCGAUGGUCCCUUCCGACUCUGUGAUACUAUGCUAACUUCCAAAGCUUCCCAGAACUGCAGAGGGGGAAACUGAGACGAGAUGUAGAAAUAAUACUAACUAUACCCCGCCCAUCUGGCUGGGUUGCCCCAUCCACUCUGGGCGGCUUCCAAGAGAGAUGAAAGCAGAACUGAACAUCACACGUUGAAAACUUCCCUGCACAGGCAGCCCCAAAGCUGUUUUUGCUACUAAAUUGAGGAGUGGAGAUUGGUAGGGAGCAGAGAUCCUGGAGACCGGGCAGGAAGAGGCAGGACAGGUCUUUUUCCCCUUUUCUUUUGAAAGUUUAGCUUAAUUUAUUACAUAAAGAGAGAUAGAGAGAAAGAGAGAGAGAAGUGAAAAAUACAAGGACACAAAAACCACGGGAGAGGGCCCUCUCCCACAAAAUGAAGUUCAAACCCAGGGAGAAGAUUCACAGCAAUAUAACGCAACAAUCACGAAGGAGCCCCUUCCAGCAGGGGGCGUCUUUUUGAGGAAUGCCAAAGCUUCAGAGGCACAGAGGACCCCUGCAGCCGGAUCAGGCCAGUGGCUCCUGUGGGUCAGCAUCCUGCUCGCAUUGCGGCGAAGCACGUGCCCCAAAGGGAAGGAGCCCCAGAGCAGCGCCAGACUGCCGCAACCCUCUCCCCAGCUAGAAGCUACCCUUCAGACCCAGAGCUCCUGGCCACAGACGGAGAAAUGAGCCAUUGGGGGGUUGGCCCCGAUCCUCCAUUAAUUUGCCUAAUUGGUGGCCAUCCCUGUCUCUUGUGGGAGCCAGUCCCAUGGUUUACACACAUCUGCCCUGUAUUUUCCGGCAUUCGGCCUUUUCGGAUGUCGCCGGCAGGUUCUAGAGGGAAAUACAGGCAGAAGAAACCAGUCGCCCCUUGACUGCUCCCUGGCCGCCUCUGUCCCUGGAGGGCUUCUCUUGCUGGGGCGGCUCACUUUCACCAUCCAAAGGCAGACACAGUUGAGGAAGGCGCCUCCCCAGGAGAGGCUUUUUGCCUUGCAGGCGGUUGGACUAGAUGACCCUUGGAGUCCCUUCCAGCUCCGUGACUCUAAAAGCAGGUCAAAAGCAACACCUUGAAUGGUGCCAAGGAGCCCUGGCUUCUGGCCGCCAUUGUUUCAUGGAGGUGGCAGCAAAAGUGUGGUUCUUUGUGUUGGUUGCAAACCCCACCCCCAGGUACCUGGGCUUUCAUUGCAGGGGGUUGGCCUGGAUGACCCUUGGGAGUCCUUUACAACUCUCCAAUUCCAUGAGAACCCACCUCCUUCCCAAGGAAUCGCUUCCACGGUCAGAAAGCUCUUCUUGCUGUUUAUUUGAGAUCUCCUAUGUCGCCCCCCUGCGACCUGGCUUUUUAUGGCGGCCUAGGUAUGGCUGGUGUGGAACGCGGGUGGCACUGUGGUCUAAACCAGAGCCUAGGGCUUGCCGAUCAGAAGGUCGGCAGUUCGAAUCCCUGCAACGGGGAGAGUUCCCUGCUCCUGCCAACCUAGCAGUUGCACAUCAAAGUGCAAGUAGAUAAAUAGGUACCACUCUGGUGAGAAGGCAAACGGCAUUUCCGUGCGCUGCUCUGGUUCGCCAGAAGCGGCUUAGUCAUGCUGGCCACAUGAUCCGGAAGCUGUACGCCGGCUCCCUCAGCCAAUAAAGCGAGAUGAGCGCCGCAACCCCAGAGCUGUCCGCGACUGGACCUAACGGUCAGGGGUCCCUUUACCUUUAGGUAUGGCUGGACAGUACAGGAAAAGCCUGAUAAGACUUAAUUCUUCCAUGGUGGGGGGUUUAUGGCGGGUGGAGAAAUUCAGGGCCCUGCUGUUUCUUCAACCUCCCGUUCUGAGCAGGAGCAGCAUAGAUGUCAAAAAAGGAGAAAGGUUUGCUGGGAAGUCUGCAGGAGGUGGAAGCUGCCCAGGGCAUGAAGAUUUAUUUAAAAUAAAAUAAGAUGAGGGUGCACUCAAUUCUGGUGCUAAAACUGGUUUUCUGUGUUUCAGCUAGAUACCUUUCUGCAUCGCGUGUUGCUUCUCUCACUGCCUGCUAGAACAUCCAGUGCCAGCAGCAGCAGAACCAAAGCAAUGAGAAGCAAAUGCGGGGGGGGGGGGGGGACACGACCCGGUAUUUUAAUGAAAGGGGGGGGAGCAAAAUGACAAAGAGUCAGUAGCUGUGGAAUAGCCAGUGGCGGGGGGGGGGGGGUCAGGUAUCCAGGAGGCCCACGAGGAGCAAGCCCAUCCGGGGGGGGGGGUGUUCUUCAUGGCAGGUCUCGCUUGGAGCAAAUAAACACGCUUCCAGUCGCAUUGUCUGACAAUCAUUUAUUGGUUUAUAAAAAUAUUUAUAUGCCGCUUUAUCCUAAAGUUGUUUACAGCAAUGUAAGAACACAAAACCCAAACAUAAAAUUGUAAUGAGUGAAAAAAAGAGAGAAAUUAAAAACCUCCAAAGACCAUGUAUUCUUAGCAGCCUGCGUAGGCCUGGUUGAACAGUCUUUGGGAGGCAUUUUAAAAGUCAGCCCAGAAGGCGUCUGCUGAAUCUCCAGUGGCAGGGAGUUCCAUAUGACUAGGCCAGUGACAAGAACAUUUGCGGAGUCUCGCAAACCUGAUGAGGAGAGCUUUAAACUAGAUCUUGAGGGGGAAGGAGAUGAUACUGCAGAAGACAGAAGAACACCUGGUACUGGGGAUGGUAGCCUCAUUGAUGCACAGGAAACGGAGGCGAUGCUCCAGAAACCCGAUAAAGGGCAAGAAACUACAGUGGUAUCUCUGGAUGCGAACGGGAUCUGUUCCGGAGCCCCGUUUGCAACCUGAAGCAAACGCAACCCGCGUCUGCGUGUGCAUGGGUCACGAUUUGCCGCUUCUGCGAAUGUGUGUGACGUCAUUUUGAGCGUCUGCACAUGCGUGAGCGGCAAAACCCGGAAGUAAAGUGUUCCGUUACUUCUGGGUCGCCGUGGAGCGCAACCUGAAAACGCUCAACCUGAAGCAACUUCAACCCGAGGUAUAACUGUACAAGAAGGAAGCAGCUGGAGGGAGCGACUCAUGGUUUUAGUUCAGCAAGACAAAUUGGAGCUUCCACUACAGGGUGGCAAAGAUGACUCAGAAGGCAUUACUGAAACCUGCUGGGAUGAAUAUUAAAGGUUCGUUACACUUUCUCUGCUUGUAGAUACUUGUGCGAAGGCACCUCAGUAACAUGCUUUCAAUUGUUUAGAAGUUUUUCCUCGGAAACAGUGAACAGUAACUGAAGUUAUUCUUAGAGAUGAAUCACUCACAGACUCUGAAAGCAAACAGCUAUAAUGGCACGCUUUGAGUUAAAAGUCUCUCUUUCUCUCCAGCAACGGCGUCCAUUAGCAGCCCCAGCAAAGCAGAAUUUACAGGCAGCACUCGGGUAGACAUUUGCCAGCUGCAAAAAUGAAACUGAUAGUUCCUCUUUCUUAUUGGCACUACCAGCCAGAGCCAUGCAUGCUUUGAGUGCCACUCCUAUAUAUAAAUGAAUUUUCUGGAACCUCCUGUUUCUGGCAGAAUGAUUCCCUAACAAUGAGACUCAUGACUGGAACGUGGAAACUGAGGGGUACAGCCUGUUCAAAAGGAACAGACCAAACUGGAAGGGAGUAGUACAGUGGUACCUCGGGUUAAGAACUUACCGUAUUUUUCGCUCUAUAGGGCGCACCGGACUAUAAGGCGCACCUAGUUUUUUUUUGGGGGGGGGAAUAAAGAAAAAAAAAUAUUUUCCCCUGCAUCACCUGGACUGGACUGCUAGCUGCCACAGCAGUCCCCAGGUCAUCUUCCAUAUGGGGUAAACCUGUUUGUACAUUUGUAACUUUAAGCUUUAAGCCAGCCUUCAGGGAUCACAUUGUGCUCUGCCUGAUCGUAAAUAAAACUACUUUUUGUUACAGGUAGGUAGCCAUGUCGAUCUGCCGUAGUUGAAGCAAGAUAAAAAAAUUCCUUCCAGUAGCACCUUAGAGACCAGCCAAGUUUGCUAUUGGUAUGAGCUUUCGUGUGCAUGCACACUUCUUCAGCUACACUGAAACAGAAGUCACCAGACCCUUAUAUAUAGUGAGAGGGUGGGGAGGGGUAUUACUCAGAAGGGUGGUGGGAAUGGGUGAUUGGCUGAUAGGUGUGGUAAACCUGUUGACAGCUGUUAAUGUCUGACAUUGAGAUAUUGGAUUCUUAUCUCAUUAUACACGAUAAAGCUAUUUUUAGCCAUCUCACCCCUUGCUUUAUUUAUCCUGUAAGACCAACUGCAGUCGUUAACAGCUCAUACCAAUAACAAACUUAGUUGGUCUCUAAGGUGCUACUGGAAGGAAUUUUUUUACUUUUUGUUACUUAUGAAUAAGACUGUGGUGUCUUUAUUCUUUUAGGAGGUAUUUAAAAGGGGAUCUUUCCAGGAAUAGUAGAACAUAUUUCAGUCUGGGCAGGUCAGAUUGAAUUGCUUAUUGCCUUAAGAAACUCACACAAGUUUGCAACCAGGUUUCUGCUGCAUCAGAAGAUGAAUGCACUCUGCUAAGUUAGGAAGGAGAUUGAUAAUCAAUAUAUCCUCUCCUGCCACCCUCAGCUUUCCCACACAAUUACACUCCGCUUCCCCUUGCCUCUGUAUCAUGAAACCCAGGAGAACAUGAUCACUUCCUCCCAAGUUUCCCAGUACUUCUACUCCUGUUGGAUGAGGUCCAGUUCCAGUGAGGCAUCCGUCUCCCUUGUCUUGGGAGACAAUGGAAGAGUGUGUCAUUGAGGAAAAACCAUUGAAGAGUUGCAGCGCCUGCUGUGGUUGCAGAGACCAAUGUGGGGGAGACAUGUUCUGUUGCAUCUGGGCAGAUUAAGGCCUGAAAUUCUUUGGCACUGAUAUGGUUUCUCGUGUGAGUAUGAACAUUUUUGGGGGUUUUUGCCAGUGCUCUGCAGGUUUUUGGUUUUUUUGUAUAAUACUUUUUUAUUAGCUUUUCAAAUAAGAAUACAAUGUCAAAACCAUUUCAAAACAAUACACCUCAGGUUCAUCAGAACCUUUCGACUUCCCUCCCUCCAUGGUUCUUCAAAUAAACAUAAAUUCUCUGCAUCUUUUAGUUUUCCAAAUGUUAAAGUAUACUAAAAAUAAAUUAUCAAAGUUAAUUUCACAUUACAAGUCUUCACACAAACAUGCUAAUGUUUUAAACUGUUUGCAGUGAUCUUUUAAAUAAUACACAAAUUUACUCCAAUCCUUCUCAAAUACCUGAUCUUCCUGAUUUCGGGUCUUCCCCGUCAGCUUUGCCAUCUCUGGAAAGUCCAUAAGUUUCAUCUGCUAUUCUUCUUUUCCCAGAAAUCCUUUACCUGCCUUGCCCCUUUGUACCUGGGCAGGUAAGGUCCUGCCCACUUCUAGUCACAUGCAGAGGAAGUUUGUCCCAGCCCAGGAGGAAACAGGAAGUUUACUACUGGCUGGUCCAAGCAUUCCAAUUUAUGUCUACUCUAGGAAUGUUGUAUUUGACUGCUAGGUGUUUCACACCCUCCAGUCUGAAACCGGCUACUUGGCCAAAUUCACAUAACCUAUCCAGCACUUUAGGUACAUUGGAAAGGGGAUCUUCCACCGUUAUUACUAAGUCGCCUGCAAAGGCUUUUAAUUUGUAAUAAUAAUAAUUUAUACCCCGCCUAUCUUUAUGUCUUACUCUUAUGCCUUGAAUAUCUUGAUCUAAUCUUAUGACUUUCGCCAGAACUUCCAAAACAGUUAUAAUUACCAAUGGUGAUAGAGGACAACCCUGUCUGGUACCUUUUGUAAUAUCACAAGUUUCCGUGAAAGUGUUAACAAUCAGUUUGGCUUUCUGUUCAUCUCCGCCAAGCUAAGCAGUUCGCUCCUUACCUCUCUCGCCCUGACCUAGCCACUGUGAUCCACGCAACGGUCACCUCGAGACUUGAUUAUUGUAACUCACUCUACGUGGGGCUGCCCUUGAGACUGACCCAGAAACUCCAGCGGGUGCAGAAUGCCGUGGCGAGAUUCCUCACGGGGUCCUCGCCUUGGGAUCACAUUCACCCAGUGCUAUUCCAGCUGCACUAGCUCUCAGUGGAGUACAGGAUCAGAUUAAAGGUGCUGCUUUUAACCUUUAAAGCCCUAUACGGCCUAGGACCCUGGUACCUACGGGACCACCUCUCCUGGUAUGUCCCACGGAGGACCUUACGGUCUUCAAAUAAAAAUAUCUUGGGAGAUCCCAGGACAUAGGGAGGUUAGGCUGGCCUCAGCCAGAGACAGGGCUUUUUUGGCUGUGGACCCAAUCAGGUGGAAUACUCUGUCACAGGACUGGGGCCCUGCGGGACUUGACAUCUUUCUGCAAGGCCUGCAAGACGGAGCUGUUCCGCCAGGCCUUUGGCCAAGGCACUGUCUGACCCCCUCUCUCCUUCUGUAAUCUUCAUAGAACUCUAGCCCAAUGGUUGCCAUUAAUUUGAUUCUGAACUGAUUUUAGAAUGUAUUUUAAUUAAUUGACUGUGAUUUUAUGUAAAUUGUGCUAUUUUUACUGGUGUUAGUCACUCUGAGCCUGGCUUUGGCUGGGGAGGGCGGGAUAUAAAUAAAUUGUUGUUGUUGUUAUAAAUAGCUCCCAGUCCCAUAUGGAAAGGUUGACCAAAGUCCAUCAUCUCUAAAUUUUUUUCAUAAAGUUCCAUGAAAUAUUGUCAAAGGGCUUUUAUGCAUCUAUAAAUAUUAAAGCUGCUUGCUUGUCAUUCCAGGUCUCCAAAUAUUCUAUUAUGCCUACCAUAUUUCUUACAUUGUCUUUCAUAUGUCAACCAGGAAGGAAGCCCGCUUGAUCUUCAUGAAUUACUUCCUUCAUCAUUUCUUUUAACCUAUUUGCUAAAAUGUUAGUAAAAAGUUUAUGAUCAUUAUUUAAUAACGAAAUUAGCCUAUAAUUUUUCACCAUAAAUGGAUCAGCACCUUGUUUUGGAAUUAUUGUAAUAUAUGCUUCUUUCUAAAAGACUGGUAAUUGGUAAUAUUCCUUUAUUCAGUAUGUUAUUCAUAACAUUCUUCAAUGGCUGAUUCAUGGCCCCUGCCCAGAGAGGCUUCCCUUGGGGCUCUGGGCUCGAGACCUGAGCUGAUCUGGAGGAGGAUCUGGCAGGGGGAAAGGACGGCCUGGCAGGGGCUCCCCCAUUUCAAGGGGGAUUCUGGCCAUUUCCCCCCCCCGGCUUUGCAGAGAGGAAUGGGGGGCAGCAGGGCCCUCUGCUCCCAGACUUGGGGGUCUCCCCCUGCCAUUCAGCAGCAGACCCCCCCCCUGCAGCCCUGGGACCCCCUUCUCCCCCAGGCACCUCAAGGGGGAAGAGAGAGGAGACUCACCGGACUCUCCCCAGGAGGGAAACCGAGGCAGCACGUGGAGGAGGCAGUCAAGAGAUGCCGGAAGGGGCUGGGCAGGGAGGGAGGGGAUUUUGCUCUGGAGGAUCUGCCGCCUGCUGUCUCUACUUCCUGUCCUCUCUAGGACUCCACCGCUGUUCGAUUUAACCCUUUGCAAGCUGAGCGCAGCCG